AUGAUUCUUGAUCUCAACGUCUUGGUGUUCAAGUUUCAUGUUUUGAAGUCUACACUACCAAUCCACAAUAGAAGUCGUUCUGUUGCCAAUCCCCAAAGAUUGGAUAUGGAUGUUACCUGUGCGUGUGAAUGUGUGUCAAUGAACUUUUGUUAUUGUACAUGUCAGGGCUGGCACCUAGGUCAUAUUCCUAUUAUUUGCUGGAAUGACCUUCGCUGCUUACUGGGCAAAACUGCAAAACUGAAAGUAAAUUUCAUGGAUGAUGGUCCUCCGAAACUGAAAAUCAUCCCUGAUCAUUUUCAAGUUCCAACAUCAAGUUUAGAAUCUCCCGAGAGCAGAACAUCUAUUACAGAACCUGGAACUGAUCAAUCUUCAAGGUCCUCACACCAACAACGGACUUGGGGGAAAUUAAGGACAGCUUUCAUGUUGAACUUGUUUUCUCCUCGGCGACUGUCAUGGGGUUCCAGUUCUGGAGGUCAGGAAAAGGUUGAGCUAACAGCUGCAGAAGUAGAAUCACUUCGAUCAGAGCUUGCUGAUAUAGAGGAGAGGGAAGCUCACUUGAAAGCUCAGUUGGAGCAUAUUGAUGAAGUUUUGCGGUCUGCACGUCUAUCUGGAUAUUUAUACAUUCGAACUAGAUGGGCAUCACUGCCUGGAGAACCUCCACCUAUAGAUGAUACUGAAGUAGAUGAUCGGCUUUCUCGUUUUGUCGUUCUCCACGGACCAUGUAUAUUUUUAUAUUUAUUGUGUACAGAUCUAAGCCCCCAGGACUCGACCCUUCUAUCUGAUAUUAUUGAAGUAGGGAGUUUACCAUGUUUUAAGCAAGAAGAUGAUGAAAUUCAUUUUGCCUUUUAUAUUUUAACUCGUCAUGGAUUGCGAUAUGAAUGCUCAAGCAAUUCUAAGAUACAGGUGGACUCUUGGUUAUCUGCUUUACAAAGCGAAUGCAAAUUGGAAUCUGAUACAUUUUGUAAAGCUGACUGCAAACUGGAAUCUGAUACUUCAAUUCCCAAUUGUUCAACUGAGAUCUAA